AUGGAAAACGCUACGCCUAACAUUAUUGUGCAUUUCAUGCGACAUGCAGAGCCAGCACACAAGUGCGGCGGCAUAGAUGACUUAACAAUGCUGGACCCAGACAUCUCUUACAACGGCCGUCUGCAAUGCCUGGCCUUCUCUUCCGCAAUAGCACCCGACCUCGAACAACACGUGACGCACAUCUUCUCAUCUCCAAUGCUUCGCGCACUCACGACCACCUGUAUCGCUCUCUGGCCUCUGCUCCGUAAAGGUCUUACCGUCCAUGCGUUACCCGAGUUACAGAACCUAGAUAUGGGACCUAGUGGAACUGGAAUGAAUGUAUCAGAUCUCGAUAAAGAAUUUACUGGGAAUUUCGGAUUGCUUGGAGGGAAGGACAGGAAGAGUGUUGUUGACGUGAAGACUUUUAUGGCGAAGGACUGGAAUUCGAAAGAGACGGGAAGUUGGAGUACUCCUGAGGUGGAAUGGAGAGUGGAUUAUAUGAGGGGGUUCUUGAAGGGAUUGUUGGCCGGGAGAGAGAGGGUUGAAGUUGUGAUUGUUAGUCACGGGAGCUUUUUGAGGAAGUUGGUCAAUGACGUCAAGUUCCAAGAUGUUGUCCUCACUAGUUGCGUGUUUGGGGAAGAUGGCAAGUUUGAGGAGAUCAGUCAAGAUAAGCUUGGAGACUUGAGAAAGCAGAUGAAGGAAUGA